UGGUAGCACGCAUACCUGAUGACAGAAAAGUCACCAAACAACAAGCUUAACCUAAAAGCGGCCCUCAUCUCCAGCCCCAUUCGCCGUUAAAAGUCAAUGCAAACCCCCCAAAAUCAUGGAUUCGGACACGGGGCCCCUUCGCAAAAAGCAAAAACUGGAGCCACUCUCCGUCAACGCCUAUCCUCUUGAAGACGACGAGAUGAAACCCGAAUUUAAAACCGAACCCGGAGAAACCAAACUGGACGUGAAAACCAACCGCCUUUGCCCCUACCUUGACACAAUCAAUCGCCAAUUCCUCGACUUUGAUUUUGAAAAGUUGUGCUCAGUCUCUCUGACCCGAAUCAACGUCUACGCGUGCCUGGUUUGCGGCAAGUACUUCCAAGGCAGGGGCACGAACACCCACGCGUACACACAUUCAGUAGCCGAAGGCCACCACGUUUUUCUGAACUUGCACACCUUGAAAUUUUAUUGUCUGCCUGACAAUUAUGAAAUUAUAGAUUCGUCUCUGGAUGACAUCAAGUAUUUGUUGAAUCCGACGUUCACAGAAAAACACAUCAGCAACCUUGAUAAUAGCACGCGUAUGUCUAGAGCUAUAGACGGUUCGUUGUAUAUGCCUGGAAUCGUGGGUUUAAACAAUAUAAAAGCCAAUGAUUAUUGUAAUGUCGUACUACAAGCGUUGUCGCGGGUUGUACCUCUUCGCAACUAUUUUCUACGUGAAGAAAACUACAGUAAAGUAAAGCGGCCCCCUGGUGACUCUUCGUACUUACUGGUACAACGAUAUGGGGAGCUGAUGCGUAAAUUGUGGAACCCGCGAAAUUUCAAAGCCCACGUGUCGCCCCAUGAAAUGUUACAAGCCGUGGUUUUGUGGAGCAAAAAGCGCUUCCAGAUCACGCAACAAGGGGACCCCAUUGACUUCCUGUCGUGGUUUUUGAACGCCCUUCACCGUGCCCUUAAUGGUACCAAGAAAAAAGGGAGCUCCAUUAUAUAUCAAGCUUUUUUGGGGAACAUGCGCAUUUAUACUAGGAAAAUCCCGCCAACUGAGCUUGAUGAUAGACAAAAGCGUUCAUUAUUAGCCACCCCUGAGUACCAGGAGGUGGUUACAGAGUCGCCGUUUUUGUAUUUAACGUGCGAUUUGCCGCCCCCGCCGCUCUUUAUAGACGAAUUUCGGGAAAAUAUUAUCCCCCAAGUUAAUUUAUAUCAGUUGUUGACUAAAUUCAAUGGUAGUUGUGAGAAAGAGUAUAAGACGUACAAGGAGAACUUUAUGAAGAAGUUUGAAAUCACGAGGCUUCCACCAUACUUGAUUUUGUAUAUUAAGAGGUUCACGAAAAAUACGUUCUAUGUGGAAAAAAAUCCAACUAUUGUGAAUUUCCCGGUGCGGAAUGUCGAUUUUGGGGAGUUUUUGACGCCUGAGGUUAAAGCUAAACACAAACACACCAUUUACGAUUUGGUGGCUAAUAUUGUGCAUGAUGGGGAGCCAGGAAAGGGUACUUAUCGGGUUCAUGUGUUACAGAAGAGCACUGGGAAAUGGUAUGAGAUGCAGGAUUUGCACGUGACGGAUAUCUUGCCACAGAUGAUCACGUUAACGGAAGCGUACAUCCAAAUAUAUGAAUUAAGAAUCUAGGUAGUUUUGUAAUAAAUGGAUUUUAAUAUU